UAAUUUAUUUUAAAUUGCGUUCUUUCGGUUGCAGAACAGCAUUGAAAAUAUAUUCAAGUGAUAUUAUUAAAAAUGUAUUAACAAAGAGAAGUAAAGAAAGCGAAAGAUAUCAGAAUUGUGCUAUACGAAGAAUGAAAAAAAUAUAUUUUAUUUCGGCAAACAAAUUAAAAAUGUUUAAAAUUUACAUUAAAGACGAAUUGUAAUUGAGUUUUGUAAGCGACUUGAAGUUAAAAAGGAGCUCAAAAAACUUAAAAGAGAAUUCAUUUGUAAUGUCUACGCCAGUAAUAACGUACAACCAUUCAAUAUUAGAAAAAAAGAAUAACGGCACUUAUCAUAACACUGUAGCUACAUCAGCUGCGGAUACAUCAUCAUCGUCAACGAUAGCAUCAUUAACAACAAAUCCAUUAUCAUCAAUAGCACUAUGGCCUCAUUUAACUUCCAAUUCUACAAAAAUUAGAAGGCGGCAUUUGUCCUCAACUAACCAAUACGCAACGCAAACACAUAAUACAACAAAUUCAACGAUAGUCGCAUCAACAUCACCGUCGACAAUAACAGCAGCAACAACAACAACAACAACAGCGACAACGGCAACAAAUACAACGAAAACAACAACAUUAACCGCCGUCGCCACGAUAGCCACAGCAUUAUUACAUACAACAAAUGCUGCGCUUACCAGCACCAAAGCCACUACCACAACCGCCGUUAACGCUACAACUUUCAAUCGUACACUCUCUACGUCAGUUAGUGAUGUUGCAUACGUAUCAUCCGCAUUGCCGUCAUACGACGCCGCAGCAUCGUACCCCAUGGCGGUGUUGGACGGCUCUUUAGCAUUAAUAGAUCAACAAAAUGCCACCGGGUCAGUACUUUUAAAUAGUGCAGCCGCCACAACAACUGCCAACUCCUUCCUGGCUGCCGCACCAGCAAAUACCACACUCUUAGAGCACACCGGUGGUGGCAAGAGCGGUGAGUUUUCUGACCUAGAAAGCAAUGAUUGGCUGGAUGAUGCUUUAUUGGCUUUGAAAGCAUCUGUCAUGCUGUUCAUCAUAAUAGCCGCCAUUUUUGGAAAUUUACUUGUUAUCAUUUCUGUGAUGCGUGUUAGAAAAUUAAGAAUUAUAACGAACUAUUUUGUAGUCUCUUUAGCCCUGGCUGAUAUUAUGGUUGCGAUGAUGGCCAUGACAUUUAACUUUAGUGUACAAGUGACGGGACGCUGGUUGUUUAGUCCAUUCCUAUGUGAUUUGUGGAACAGUUUGGAUGUGUAUUUCUCAACUGCAAGCAUACUACAUUUGUGCUGCAUAUCAGUGGAUAGAUAUUACGCAAUUGUUAAACCUUUAAAAUAUCCGAUUAGCAUGACAAAACGCGUUGUUGGUAUUAUGAUAUUAAACACAUGGAUAUCGCCGGCUUUGUUAUCAUUUUUGCCUAUCUUUAUUGGCUGGUAUACCACCGAUGAUCACAAAAAUUUCGUUAAAUUACACCCAGACCAUUGUGAAUUCAUUGUCAAUAAACCGUAUUGUGUCAUAUCGAGUUCAAUUUCGUUUUGGAUACCGUGCACCAUCAUGAUAUUCACAUAUCUGGCAAUAUUUCGCGAAGCAAACCGCCAAGAGAAACAAAUGAUGAUGCGUCAAGGCAACGCGAUGUUAAUGCAUCGGCAUUCAGCUGUAACGGGAAGUGAAGCUUUAAGCGGUUCGGGUUCAUCAAAGACAUUGACAUUGCAUGAAGUGGAGCAGGAUCAUACACCGACUAAGGAUAAACAUUUAAUUAAAAUGAAACGAGAACAUAAGGCUGCAAGAACUUUAGGUAUAAUUAUGGGCACAUUUAUACUCUGUUGGCUGCCAUUCUUUUUGUGGUACACAAUUACCACUUUAUGUGAUUCCUGCAGUGUACCCAACAUUGUAGUAGCCAUACUCUUUUGGAUUGGUUAUUUCAACUCAACAUUGAAUCCACUUAUUUAUGCUUAUUUCAAUCGGGAUUUCCGAGAGGCGUUUCGUAAUACGUUGCAAUGUCUGUUUUGCAAUUGGUGGAGAAAUCGUCACAUGCCGCUCGAUAUGGAUAUUAGACGCAGCAGUUUACGUUACGAUAGCCGAGCGAAAAGCGUAUACUCUGAGAAUUAUUUGAAUGCUAAUCACCCGCAAAGAAGAACCAGUCAAUUAGUGGAAAGUUUAUAAUGCAGGGAUGAGGCGCUAUUAGCGCCAACCCCAACUCCCACAUCAGCCUCAAUGCAAAAUAUACAUUUAUUAGGUACAAGCUCAUCUACACAGGGCAACAGCGGUCAUCUAUUGCAUACUGCCAGGGUGGAAAUGUGGCGCCAGGACUAUGAACAAAAGUCCACUGAUAGUGUUAAGAGAAUUAAGAAGCUUAUAACGACUGAUUUAUUGCAGACAAACAACGAUGAUGUUGUUGUUAUUAAAACCACUGAUUUAAGCAAUCGCGACGCUGAUCAAGAGGACAACAACGAUGAUCAAGUAGAAGAAAUACAAAUAGAAAUACCGUUGGAGUACGUUAACAAAUGGCAUAAAAGCAAUAAAAACAAUACGGCCACCGUUCAACAUCAAGAACAAAAAGCAGAAGAAAAGCAAACUCACACAUAUGCUCAUACUAUGGUUUAAUUCAAGCAGUACAAGCAACUGCAUAUAAAUGUAUAGACUGGAGACCAACGAAACAACAAUGCACCCUCAAUAUGAAUUCAGCCAAAGUGAAACUUGCCCGCUAUAUGAAAUGACAAACUAAAUGAAAAAAGCAAAGGCAAAUGUGUUAUCAAAACCAACGUAAAUUCACAUACAUAGGGGCAAGUAAUGCGCAAACAAAAAGCAAACAAAAAAAAAAUUAAACAUAAAAAAUAUAUAAAUUACUAGAAGAAAGGCAGAAAUACAUAACAUAAACACAUACACUACAGCAGUUAGCAGAAAAUACAAUAAUUGUACGGUCCAUACAAAGAGGAAGGAGGAAAAAAAAAAACGAAACAUAACAUCAACACAUAUAUAAAAUACGAAUAUAAUGUUACCAGACAAGUGUACAUGCACAACUACAAAAUAAAUAGAAUCAGUAACUAAUAUACUUCCUUUACAGCAAUAGAUAAUCUGUAACUGAACGUAAAUGAAUCUAUGAAAGAUGAAUUUUAAGAAUGUGUUACACGCGCAACACAUGUGCAAGUCCUGACAGAUGCAAUAAUUUCUUUCCAUUCUUUGCGCUUUCAAUAAAAUUAUAGUGAUAACGGAUUCGCUUUCCGUUCGAGUCUAUUUCUUUGUUAUGGCGUUACUGCCUUUUUUAUUUAGCAUAUCAUCGCCAUCUUAAUAGAGCAGAAGAGAAAUAAGUAUGAGUUCAUUUUUCGUCGUUUGUCCCUUGGUAUGAUGACGUUCUUCUCAAAAGAUUAUCGUAGAAAUCUAAAUUUUGUCCAAAUCAAGUUUGAAAGCGAACAGAUUCCCCAUUCAUAAUUAACUGCCUCGGCACUUGUUAGACCAAAAGGGAAACGGAAAAGAACCAUAGAAAAAUGUGUCAAUUCAACGAAAACUAAGCUCGAGCGCCAAUUAGAGCACUUCAAAACCGAAAUUUAAUAUAAUAUAAUAUCGCCCGAUCUUAUUCUUCGAAGCAGCAAAAGUCUUAAAGAAAUUGACAUCAGUGACGUAUCGUUCUUAUUUGUUUGAUGUAUGGACUUUUAAAAUCAAAUAUAUUCACAUAUAAUAAUUGCUCACACGUUUCGCUUUCGGUCGAGUAUGCAUUGUACAGCCGCAAAACGUGAAACCGCAAUUGUAAGUUUUAUACAAGUGCAAGGAUUUAUGUACCCACGCAGAUAUCGUUUUUCACCCAUGCAUUGGAUGAUUUGCGGUCUUUUUAAAAGUUAUGCAUAUGAAGAAGUCAGAAGCUGGAAUAAAAUUAUGGGUAUUCUAUUCAACAGUUAUGGCUUUUGAGUUAUUUUUUUUUUACUUUUUCAAUUUUUUGGAUUAACCAGAUUUAAACAUUUUCAAAUUUUAUACAGCUCGAGGGAGGAAAGACGCAAUAUGAUUACUUACAAAAUUAACUCGAGCAACAUCUCUCAGUUUGAAUGUUUUCAUUGAAGCAAAUUGCUUAAAGUGCCGUCAGUGCAUGAACUUAUGUUGUGUAAUUAAUUGCCUUUAAACAAAGUGGCUCCCCCAAGCAGCGUUAAAUUCGGUAAACAGGAUUAAUUCGUUACCAAUUCUGACAAAUAUAUCUUUAUAUGAUUUGUAAUGCAUGGACAUAAAUUAAAUGCCUUCCACACAGAUAGGAAAGUCUUUUGAAGCCAAUCUUUGCAGAAUGUGCGGAACAUAUUUUUAAACUAUGAAGAAGUUUGCUUAGAUCAUUGUAGGUACUUUUGUAUGCUCUGUUAACAUUCUAACUUGAUUUAUUAAAAGCAGCUAAGGACAUACAAAGGUACGCAAAAACACUUGGAGUAAAAGAAAAGUCAUAUCAAGCCAGCAAUUGUAAUCAGCAACGGCAUAAACAAGUUGAUUUGCUAGAGCAAAAGAAAUUUCUAAGGAAAAUAAACGAGUAGUAGUUU